AUGCACGUCGCCAUUGUAACAGGCGCUAACAAGGGUAUUGGAAAUGGGAUUGCGCAGCUACUGGUUCAAGGUCUGAAGCCAGCUUCCGACUAG